AUUUGGGCUGAUUGGGACCUGAUGAAUGUAAAAACAAAGAAUUAUCAGAUUUUUUUUAACCUAAUUUUUGUUUCUAAGAAAAAUGAGAGCCACAUAUGAGGAUAUUCAUUUAAAAUUUCAAUCGAAAAGUACCAGUAUAAUGUCAUCGUAAGUGGAUAUCAGGCCCUUGUACAGCAAAAUUGAGUAUUUUGGUCUAAAUAACCCAAAAUGUGAUGUCCACAUAUGUGGACACCAGGUCCUAGGAGGUUAAACUUCAAGAUGAAUGUCCUCCAGACUGCAUUUUUCUUGGCUCUAGGCCUCUGUGUUGCCCAGUCCUUAGACUACAAGGCACUCAACCAGUUGAGAAAUAUGAUCCUGUGUGUAAUGCCUGAUAGCUGGCCUGCUCUUGACUAUGCUGAUUAUGGCUGUUAUUGUGGAAUGGGGGGCUCUGGCACACCCGUGGAUGAUCUGGAUAGAUGCUGCCAGGUGCAUGACCAGUGUUACACUGAUGCUAUGCAGCACCCUGAAUGCUGGCCCAUCCUGGACAAUCCUUACACUGAGUUCUAUGACUAUAAUUGUGAUGACCAAAAUAAAAAGAUCACCUGUGGCAACAAUAACAAUGAAUGUGAGAUGUUCAUCUGUGAGUGUGACAGAAAGGCUGCUGAGUGUUUUGCAAGAUCACCUUGGAAUCCUGAGCAUGAGCACCUUCCCAGUGACCAGUGUCAAUAAGACCUCUGCAAACAACUAUAUUGAACAAAGAAUUUAAUCUUUCAGAUAUGUUUAUCUUUUUAAAAGUGAUGUAACGCUCUUUCAGUGUAGAAAUAUAGUGAUGGUUAACAUGGGUAAUGUGAUUUAGUAUGGAGCAGCCUAUAACCAUCCAUAGCUUCCUACAUUCACUAAAUUGCCCAGCUUGGAUUGUAGUUGUGAUCCUGCAUUGUUUCCUCUGUUAUAUGAGAUUUGCUGAAGUAUAAUCUUUAAAAAUUAUUGCCAAUAGAGGGCACUCUGCUCUACUUGUUUCCUUUUGUGGCCAGCAAGAAAAAAUUGAAAGGAUAUUAUUGACAUGGAUUCAUUUGAUGUUUGGUCUGUGUUGGCUGGAUUCAGUAUACUAUCUGUAACAGUCUCAUUUUGUAACACCAAACUUAAACAAAUAAAAACUGAACAGUGAA